GAUUCAGUUACCAUUUUGAGCUGCUACCGCAAAGAAGGCAAAAUGAUCCUAGAGGACACGAUUAUGUACAGACGGAGUGCCAAGACCCCGGAGGACGUGGCCAAUUGGAAGCUGGUGUACAACUUUAUCGUCGAAACAAAGUACUUCUUGGAGCACUACGAUAGCAUUGUCGAGACGUGGGAUCUGUGCGAUCAGGAGUUUAUGAUUUAUCUGUGGGAGGUCGAGGAACGACUUAUCGAGCUGCUGUACAAGUACACAACGGUUACGACCGACUAUCUGCGACCGAUCAACCUGCCGACGGUGGAGAUCAAGUGCUGUAAUAGAAUCUUCAAGAAUUCGAUCGACCUCCUCAAGCAUUACUACACGGUGCAUCACACUCCGGCCAAGCUCAAUGAGGUCCGGUACUGUGAGAUGAAGGCCGGUCUGCUCAAGUUGGACUUUUACCGGCGCAGCCUCAAGUACUACACCGAGUAUGGGACGUGGUGCGAUCACGUGCUGUGUCUGUACCUGAAGCGAAUCUACAAGAAGGUGCUGCACACGCUGGAACCGUUCCGCGAUACGCGCGAUGUGCUGGGUGCGGCCGACCUCAAGGGUUAUCCCAGCAGUGUGAGCAGUUCGAGUUCGAGCAGUGCGAAUUCCAGUGCCAGUGCGUCGGGUGCAGCUAGUGUGGCGGCCUUGAGUGCGAGCUCGAGCAUGGUGUCGCUGGUUCCGGCGUAGGAAUGUUGCAUAAUAUAAUUGAGUUAAACUUACGCGUGAAAGAUAGUAGUUGUGUGCAAUAAACUAGAUUAUCUUUGCUUCGA